AAAGAAAGUAGAUUGAAAAUUUCUAUAAAGUCUUCAUUUAUAACUCUAAAGAUUAAGACUGGCAAAGGACGUGCAAAUGGCGUCAUUUAAGCAGUUGUGUGAACAAGAUAAAGAAAAAAUUAACAAAUGGAUAGGAGGAGGAAAGAAGAGAUAUACACUUCUGUAUUCUGCUGCAAAUAAUGGAUGUGAUCCCACUACAUUUCACACAAACUGCGACAACAAAGGACCAACGGUCACUCUUGUGUACAAUGUCAAUGGGAACGUAUACGGAGGUUAUGCCCGUGUCAGCUGGAUGUCAGGAUCUGGAGAAUCCGUGUAUGAUAGUGAUGCAUUUUUGUUCUUUUUGAAAGGGGAAUCGGGACAGAAGCCUUGUAAAUUCAUGAUAAAAGCACCAGAAUAUGCCCUGACAAUGAAUAAAGACUGUGGACCUACUUUUGGGAAAGGACCAGAUUUGCUUACUUUUCAAAAUGCUAUAACCAAGGUAACGGAUUCCCUUCCCUUACCCUUAAACAGUGUGAUGUCACCUGGAACGUAUCAAAUUAGCGCAGAUACAGUUACAGAAAUUACGGGCGGAAAAUUUGAUGCCGAAGAUGUAGUUGUGUAUGCUGUAGAAGAUGUUGCACAGGAAAUAUACUUACCAACUCCAUGGAGAGAAAUGGACUUACCUACAUGGAAUUCAGAGCUGCUGAAUUUAUUAAAAAAAGAAAUAGAAGAAUACUGGCCACUUCGAGAGAUGGGCGUUUCUGAAGAUGUCAUUCCAUAUAUCAAUAUACUGUUACUUGGUCCAGUAGGGGCUGGAAAAUCAAGCUUCUUUAACACAUUGAAUUCACUCUUCCGGGAGAGACUGUCAAUUCAGGCCAGAGCAGGAAGUUCUGAUACGAGUCUAACAAAAUCAUUUAAUGUCUAUUCCAUUAUCUCAAAUCGACGACCUUUGCGGUUCCGGAUUUGUGAUUGCCGCGGUUUUGAAGAUGCGCAUGGAGUCGACCUGUUUGAUAUAGAAGCCAUUUUAGAUGGAAACAUAAAGAACAAAUACACGUUUGUAGAUAAAUCACACAUAACGAAGGAAAGUCCAUUCUACAGACGAGACCCUAAAAUGCACGACAGAGUACACUGCGUUGCCAUCGUUGUCGACGCAAAUAACGACCCGGAUUAUCCGAUGACUGAGCAUGUUCAGGAACAGAUUAAGAGAACACAAGAACUUAUGAAUCAAAAAGGUGUCCCACAGUUGAUUUUAAUGAAUAAAAUUGAUGGUCUGUCUGAGUCAGUAAGAGGAGAUCUUUCCAGAAUUUUUCAUAGCCAAGAAGUCAAGGAGCGAGUAGAAAAACUAGCACAUUCUUUGAGAUUGCCACCGUACACAGUUCUACCAAUGAAAAACAUUGAUACUGAACAACGUAUUAACAUAAACGUCAACAUUUUGGCCUUGUACAAUCUGCGUCAGAUGUUAAGAGCAGCAGACGACUAUCUCCUUAACUACUUGGAUGAAUUCAGUGGUGAUAAAUUUGAACCUACUUACGAAAAAUCAAGUGAUACCAUAUAAAACAGUUUAAUCUGAGCAUUGUAUAGUAAUGAACUUUUUGAACUCUUGAGGAUACUACGUGUAGAUUGACAAUCCUUAUUUUUUUUAACACAGCGGAUCAUCUGCCACUAUAAACAAUUCAUGCAUACAUUUGAGUUCUCAUUAAACACAGCAUUAUUGUUCA